AUGAUAUUGCGAAGUUUAUUAUGUGUUUUCACAUUGAUCACAAUAAACAAAGGUCAACUGACGUAUAAAGAAUCGAGUGAUUGUCCAGGCAAUCUCAAAUGGAAUCCGAACGGAAUAACAAUAAUGGGUGGUGAUAAAGACAAUUACUUUAGUUUCCCGUCGGGUUUAUUUAUUGAACCUAAAACGCAAAUUUUGUACGUUUCUGAUGUCUCCUACAAUUAUGUACUGAAACGUUAUCCGAAUGGUAAGAUUCAAGUAGCGGCAGGUCAAUCGGAUCAUAGGAGCGGAUCGACAUCAGACAAAUUGGAUGGCCCAAAAGGUGUUUAUGCAGAUGAAAACGAAAAUGUUUACGUUUCCGACUGGAGUAAUCAACGAAUUCAAUUGUGGGAAAAAGGCGCAAAACGUGGCAGUACAGUUGCUGGUAACGGAAUGCGUGGUGACGCAUUGACUGAAUUUAGCUAUCCAAGCAAUGUCAUUGUUGAUUCACAUAAAAAUAUACUUGUUUCCGAUCUUGAAAACCAGCGAAUAACUCAAUGGCCACCCACAUAUGAUCCAAAGAACACAACCGGAAUAAUUGUCGCUGGUGGCCAUGGAGCUGGUAUUGCUCCACCUCAAUUAUAUAGUCCAGUUGGAUUAUAUUUCGAUCAAACGGCAAAUAACUUAUACAUUGCCAAUGAAGAAGCUCAUACGGUCAUCCAAUGGAAUCGAGAUGGUUACGGCGAUAAAGUUGUUUAUGCUGGCAUUCCAGGUAGACCUGGUAACACUUCAGUACAGUUACAAAGUCCUCAAGGUAUCACCCUUGAUAGAUAUGGUAAUCUAUAUAUAACGGAUUGCGAUAAUCACCGAAUACAAAUGUUCUGUCCAAACUCAGUGUUUGGUAUUACAAUAGUCGGCACUGGUCAUAUGGGAAGUGGAAGCAAUCAAUUGUACUUUCCACGAGAUGUGGCAUUCGAUGCAGACAUGAAUUUAUACGUCACUGACACGUAUAACCAACGUAUACAAAAAUUCGAAAGAAUUCACUAG